ACACCUUCCAAAUGUCAAAUUUAUCGCACAGGCAGAUUCCUAAUCUAUUGCGUGCGAUAAAAUUAUGUUUAUUUCGACCUAAAAUAAACAGGAACCGUUAAUAUUCACGUAACUUCCAUUUUUCGACGUAUUAAACUAUCCGAAUAGGACAUACCAGAUACAGAACAAUCAGGAUACCUAAACCUCUUGUAGAAGCCUGAGUGUGAAAGAGAAAGGUGAGAAGGAGCGAGAGGCUAGAGAAGCAUCAACUCCGAUGAUGUCUCUUAAGCCGAGGAACAUUGACUUCCAGGAGACGUGGGCCAACCUGCGUGAGACGGUGGCCGGAGUGGUGGGACUCCGCGCGGUGGAGCGCGGCGUGUGGAACCUCCGCUUCAGCGACGUGUACGCGCUCUGCGUGGCCCACCCUGAACCCCUAGCGGAUCGGCUUUACGACGAAACUAGACGUUUUCUAGAAGAGCAUGUGGAGGGCCUGCUGGAGAGGGUCCGCGGCACCUCCCCACUUGAGAACAAUGACCCUUACGAUGGACUACUGGACCGUUACGUGGACGCGUGGCGCGAAUACUCUGAAGGCGUGGCUUACUUGAACAGCCUCUACUCUUAUCUGAACUUACAACACGUCAGAAGGCAGAAGGUGUCAGAUGCUGAGAUAAUCUACGGAUCGGCUGCAACCGUCAGCUGUCCUGACAGUGACUCGCGUCAACUAGAGGUCGGCGAGCUGGGCCUUGUGAUCUGGGAGCGGGUUCUAAUCCGGCCCCUGUCGUCUGCCUUAUCCUCCCGUAUCGUGGCCGCGCUCAGUGAGGCUCGCAACUCCGCACCCGACCCCAAACACGCCGAUGUACUUCGCCGGGCCAUCCAUAGCGCUGUUGAUGUACAAUCCUUCAGAGUGCGCGCUCCCCUCGCCCUAUACCAGCAAUUGGUCCUAGAGCCGUACCUGACCCAAGCCCAGGCGGCCCACGCACGGCUCGCGGCGGACUUACUACGCGCCGGCGAUAUCUCACACUACAUGCGGGAUGUGUUGCAAGGUCUACAACGUGAAGUAGCCCUGGGGGCCCGAUUUCUCCACUCAUCCUCAAGUGAAGCAGUUAGGGGAUGCUACGAGCGAGCCGCCGUCGCCGCGCACCUCCCCGCCCUGCACGCCGAGUGCGCCACCCUCCUCAAACACGCCACGGACGACGCCAGGCCCGACAACGCUCAGCACCGCACAGAUCUGCGUCGUAUGUACACACUCCUCCGUCCACUCGGCGCGAACGCGUUGCGCCCACUGGUGGACGCGGCCCACGCCCAGUGUGCCAAAGACGGGACGGAGUUACUCCAACAUAAGCAUACUAAAGAUGAGGCACACACCCACUUCGUAUCGUCCAUGGUGUCUCUCCACACAAAGUACUCUGCGCUGUUCGCGGAAGUGUUUGAGAACAACCAGGCGUUCCUCGGCGCCCUGGACCGCGCGUGCUCCGGCGUCGUCAACUGCAGGCCCGACCACCACAGCCCGCCGCGGGCGCCCGAGCUGCUGGCGAGAUACUGCGACGCCCUGCUUAGGAGACGCGGAAGCGAAGCGGAACCGGAAGCCCGCCUCGCCGCCGCCAUCUUGGUUUUCAAAUACAUCGACGAUAAAGACGUGUUCCAGAAGUACUACGCCAGGGCUCUGGCCAGGCGGCUCAUACAUCAGCUCUCUGCUAGCAUGGAGCAGGAAGAGGCAAUGAUCAACCGCCUAAAAGCCGCCUGUGGGUACGAAUUCACCAACAAACUUCAUCGCAUGUUCACCGAUGUUGCCGUCUCAGCUGACCUCAACAACAAGUUUCAACAACAUCUCAGAGAACAGGAACAACCCCAGGCGGGCAUGCCGGGCUUCAGCGUGCAGGUGUUGCAAGCCGGCGCGUGGCCCCUCGGCGGCGCCAUGGCCCCGCUGGCGCCCCCGGCGGCGCUGGAGCGGCCGGCGCGGCAGUUCGAGGCGUUCUACCGCGCCUCCUUCAGCGGCCGCCGCCUCGCCUGGCUGCACCACCUGUGCACCGGCGAGCUCAGGACCAGAUACACUCCUCGCCCGUACCAUCUCAGCGCCAGUACUCCACAGUGCGCUCUCCUACUAUGUUUCGAGACGGCGGACUCGCUGGCCGCCAGGGAGCUGCGCGCGCGGCUGCAGCUGGCGGGCGACGCGUGGAACAGACAGCUGAGACCGCUUCUCGAUGCCGGCUUGCUUCUAGCACAGGGUGACGUGGAAAACGAGGCGGAGGGCGAAUCAGAGUCGUCUACCGUCGAAGACGGAGGGGAGGGGUCCGCGGGGCGAGGGGAGGGCGUGCUCGUGCUCAACCUCAACCUGAGCUCCAAGAGGACCAAGAUACGGCUCACCACCGCUGCCACACAUCAAGGUACAAGCACUGCAUCGGGCAACAGUAACACGAACAACCCGGAUUCGGCCGAGUCCACGCACUGUGACGACGACCGCAAGAUGUACCUGCAGGCCGCGCUAGUACGCGUCAUGAAACAGAGAAAGGUACUCCGUCACAACGAGCUCAUCCAAGAAGUGGUGUCACAAGCGCGUGGCUCCUUCGCGCCCUCCGUCGCAAUGAUCAAGAAGUGUAUCGAGGCCCUUAUAGAUAAGCAGUACUUGGAACGCGCGCCGGGACGUCUUGAUACUUACAGUUAUCUAGCUUAGAUCUAACCUAGGUCUUUACACUAUAGUCUGCAUCUUCUAAAAUGAUUUUUUCGCCAAAGACCCUGAUCUGUUAAACAAAAGCCUUUGUUUCUAUUAUGCUUGCGCGUGGCCAUUGUUGGCGAGCGCGUGCCACUCGCUGAUACCAAAGAGGAGGAUAGGAUAGAGCGGUACUGUCAUAGUAAAUUUUGUAACCCCAGUAAAUUCACUGCCAUCUAUCGACACACUUUUAUAAAAAUACGAUAAAAUUUAUUUAAAUAUGGAUAAAUGAUUUUUUUAUAUUUGCAUAAAUAAUUUUAAAUUAUUUUCACCCAUGUUCUUUCACUGAUAUGCGUUAAAACUGUUCAAUAACAAACGAAACCGUCAACGCCAUCUAUAUGAGAGUAGGCCAAAGGUAGUGGCGCCAUCUGAUCAAGAAUCAAAUUUUCUUGUUCGAGGCACGUUUUUUCUUUAGACUGUAUCCAUCUAUUACGGAGUUAUAUGCUUUGCUGAUACACAAUGGUCACGCGCUCACCAACAAUGGGUACGCGCACGCAGAAAAGGAACAAAGGCUUUUGUUUAACUGAUUAAGGUCUGGCGAAAAAAUAAUUUGAGAAAAUGCAGUUUAUACCUAGAUCGUGUCUCGUUCGUACUAAUCUACGAAACUGCGUAUAAAUGACGACGGAAAUUGGCUUUGCCAUUUGACGCUCCGCCAUUGAUAUGGCUAUUUAAAAAAAAAUAACCUGCUUACAGAAUUAGCCUCAUGCAUGAAGUUUAUAUUUGAACGAAAUAUGUUUUAUUCGGAUGUUCGUUACCGUUAUAUCAUGUUACUAAUGCAUUUCCGUUUUUAAAUUACCAUUUAAUCACUUAAAAUUAUAAAUAAAAAGUACAAAAAUUUGCCCGCGAAAAGCUAGUGAGCGAAACGCUCGAAACGCCGUGACGUCACGCGUUCGACAGAUUAGUGUCAUUAGUAGCAAACGUCAGUUGGGCCGCCCAACGUGUGACGUCAUCACGCUCUGUCGAAUUCGCGCCAAAAAUUAUGAGCGUUUCAACCGCUCAAAAAUUUUCAACAUUUUAAAUAUUUUUUAAUAAAAUAAUGUUAAGGUUUACAAAAGUAUUUUUAUCAUUUCCGGUGUUCCAACGAUAUAAAUUAUGAAUCCAAAAAUAAAAAUAAAUUCAUGCAUGGAGCUAAUUGCGACACUACUAGAGAACUGCCGAAUAUGGAUCGAUUUUCGUUUUAUUUUGCUAUCAUUUUCUAUGAAAAGGGACCUUAUUGUCGAUGGCGAUUACGCCGCACAGCGUCGCGCGGCAUUGUAUUUAUAUCGGAGCAUCGUUUAUAAUGGCGUAAGCGCCAUCGACGAUAAGGUCCCUUUUUAUUGGAAUUACCACAAAUAUUUUCCGAUUCUGUGCAAUACCUAUGAGCGCAAUUUCACAUUUCGUUUAUCUAUUUCAGUUUAUAAUUUAUAUACAUUAGUGUGACUAACCUACUUGAAAAAACAAAUCAAAAUAUUUGAUAACAAAUAAUUUGAUUUGUUCUCAAAGUUAAGUAUGGUAUUUAAGUAACAACGGAUAAUUUUAAUGUAUUUUAUAUGAUAUAAUGUAAAAAACUAGACAAUUUUUAUCUAAUUCUAAAAAAAAAAAAUGAUAUUCGACAACAAACUCAAAAUCGGCCCAUAUGCGAAAGCAUUAUUGCCCAAGCUGAGAGAAGAGAAGGUUAUCUCGCGCAAUGCGCUCGUUCGGUCAAAUAGCUUGCAAAGCUCUACGUCGUUUUCGGAAUAACCCCAAUAACCUGAAAUAAAUGUCAUAUACGAAGGAAAAAAUGACCAAAGCCUCCAGUUACUCAGAAGGUCUAACCAUACCUUAGAGAUGGCCAGGGGGCGCCACAAGCCUUCGGGAAAUUGGCAUAUACUUGGAAAUUUCGACCCAUGCCACCGUGACCGGAUAGCCGAGCGGUUCAGGCACCUGUCCGGUAAACGGGGGACGCUGGUUCGAUUCCAGCUCUGGACACUGGUGGCUUUGGUCAUUUUUUCCUUCGUAUAUGACAUGUAUUUGAGUUUAUAGUUUAAAUAGUAGUGUCUACUUGAAAAAAAAAACGCAUUAAAAUAUUUUCAUAGAAAAUAAUUUAAUUUGUUCUUAGGGAACCCCAAUAACCUUAUAGAAUGUAUAGAAGUAAUAUAAAACCUCAAUAAUUUACUCCGUUGGCUCAGCGACCCAAAAUGAGACUUGGCCUCCGACACAAGACGGCGCCACUUUCUUCAUCUUCUCGGUUCUGUGCGACCUCUCGCCAAUGAGGGAUGAAUGAGGGCUACCGCGUUUAAUUUCGCCGCUAGGGGCGCUAGUGUAUAUGGAGGUCUUUCAAAAUGUCAAUUGCAUAGAAGUUUUGGGGGUUUCAAGCUUUUUUAUCGGGAAUUUUCACUCCUUAUUAAUAAUUGUGGUCAAUCUUUGUCCAUCUUUGAUUAAUCACGGUAAACAAUAGAUGUAGCUCAAUAAAUGUUAGUGGUUUAAAAAAAGUGCCAACUAAAAUAUAUGCAAAAUUAAACAGGUCGAAAAAAUGGCACAUUUAGACGUUAAAAUAAAGUAAUAUAUAUGUAAGUUUAUUUAAUUAUAGUAUGUAUAGUAUGUAUAUGUAAGUUUAUUUUCGGUAGUGUGUAUUAUUUAUCGCUAUAUUUUUUGUUUUAAGUUACCUAUUCUGCUUUUUUUGUUGCCUGCACCUAUCACUGUUUCUGUUUAACCUGGUGGUUGACUGGCAGAGAAUGCCUUUAGGCAUUAAGUCCGCCAUUUGUACUUUAUUUGUUAUAUUGUGCAAUAAAGUUUAAAAUAAAUAAAUAAAAUACCUUUGUGUAUUAGAACGUAUUGAUUUUAUAAAAAUAAGCAUAGGAGAAUUUUGAGAUCAGUUUUUCUGGACCUACAUCUACAGUGGCGCCAACGGGUGAGAACAAAAACGGUAGCCCUCGUUGGUGACUCUAUCUCAGAUCCGCCUCCACCACAGUUGUCGCACCAGCGAUACCUGGGGCCAGUGUUGGCCGAAACGUUAAUGCAAUUAACCAUUACAAAUUGAACCGUAAACUGUAACCGUCCGUGACGGUUUACGGUUCAAUUUGUAAUGGUUAAUCGUUAAUUGCAAUUAACGUUCGGCCAACACUGCCUGGGGCGUCCGAUAGGACGUCUUUCUGCUGGGCGGCCCAGGUAUGCUCUUUACACGUUCCAAUCUUCAUCCAUUCUCUCAAGAAAGCUACCAAUCAACCUCAAUAAACUAAUAAUAAACUUUAAUUAUUACUAAACUUCGAUGGUUGACUGGUAGAGAAUGCCUUAAGGCAUUAAGUCCGCCAUUUGUACAUUAAUUAUUGUACUAUACAUUAUUUUUAUGUUAUGUUUAAUAGUUUAAAUAUAACAUUUAAAACUUUAGCGUUUUAAACACAUAUUAAAUCACAUUUAAAAUCGGGUCUAUCGCGAAUUUAUUUUGUUACCUAAAGGUAAAGGU